CUCCGGCCGCCUGCUCUCACUUCCUUCUCCAGCCCCGACCCGCUGCCGCCGCCCCCCAGCUCCCCCACGGCGGGGAGGGCACCAGGUCACUGCAUCCAGAGGGGCCCAGAAGGGGAAGGAGGCAUAGCCUCCACCACAGCAGCUGCACCGCCAUGCAGAGCAUCAAGUGUGUGGUGGUAGGCGAUGGGGCUGUGGGCAAGACGUGCCUGCUCAUCUGCUACACAACCAACGCCUUUCCCAAGGAGUACAUCCCCACAGUGUUCGACAAUUAUAGUGCCCAGAGUGCCGUUGACGGGCGCACGGUGAACCUGAACCUGUGGGACACAGCGGGCCAGGAGGAGUAUGACCGCCUCCGCACACUCUCCUACCCUCAGACCAACGUGUUUGUCAUCUGUUUCUCCAUUGCCAGUCCGCCCUCCUAUGAGAAUGUGCGGCACAAGUGGCAUCCAGAGGUGUGCCACCACUGCCCCGACGUGCCCAUCCUCCUGGUGGGCACCAAGAAGGACCUGAGAGCCCAGCCUGACACCCUACGGCGCCUGAAGGAGCAGGGCCAGGCACCCAUCACACCGCAGCAGGGCCAGGCGCUGGCCAAGCAGAUCCACGCUGUGCGCUACCUCGAGUGCUCAGCCCUGCAGCAGGACGGCGUCAAGGAAGUGUUUGCUGAGGCUGUCCGGGCCGUGCUCAACCCCACGCCCGUCAAACGUGGGCGGUCCUGCGUCCUCUUGUGACCCUGGCACUCAGCUUGGAGGCUGCCCCUGCCCCGCCACCAGUUGUGCCUUUGUGCCUUGGCGCCUUGUCUGCCCCCAGCUGUGCCUUAAGGACUAAUUCUGGCACCCCUUGCCAAGGGGGCUCCCCGAAUGCCUUUUUCUCCUUGAGGAGGCCCACGGGGAAAGGGGCUUUGGGCCCUGCCCCACUCUGCUUGGGGACACCAGGUAUGCUCAAGAGCUCACCCAGGCCAAGGUCGGAACCCUCCCCAAGAAGCCAACCCAGUGCCUCCUCCCCACUUUCCCCUACUGACCAGUUGAUCCAGCUUUCCACACAGAUGUUGCUGCCUAUUGUGGUGCCUCCUCUCAGGUUAGGAGCUCUCAGCCAUUCCUAACCUCUCCCUCGCUGCUCUUCAGAUUGCCCCCCACCCCCCAAGAUGCUCUCUCCCCUCCCCAGAGAAGGAGCCACAGACUCCUAAGAAGAUGAAUGUGCCCUAACCUACCCCCAUGUGCCCAGGCCUUACGCAUCCGCUGACUGACUCAGCCCCACCCCCACCCCCUCUGGGCUCCUGGGGGCCCCUCCUACCCCCAUCAGCAUCAAUAAAACCUCCUGUCUCCAGUG